AUGGCUAAGAUCUACUACGCCUCAAGAACGGCGCCCGUGAACAUUGCUGUAAAUCUGAGAACUCUCACCACUGCCUCGUGUUCUGAGAGUUUCACAAAAGACGAGCUGUGGCUAAAUGGCCAAUCUCAUUCUCUGGACACUCCUAGAACCCAACAGUGUCUACGGGAUCUCAGAAAGUACAGAGAGGAACUCGAAGCUCAGGACGGAUCACUUCCAAAGCUCAGCAAAAUGCACCUGCACAUUGUCAGCGAGAACAAUUUCCCGACUGCCGCGGGUCUGGCAUCGUCUGCUGCUGGAUUCGCAGCACUGAUCUCGGCUAUUGCAAAACUAUACGAGCUCCCUCAAACUGCCUCUGACCUCAGUAAGAUUGCCAGAAAGGGCUCUGGCUCGGCGUGCAGGUCGCUGUUUGGAGGAUAUGUGGCCUGGGAAAUGGGGCAGCUUGAGAACGGUGAGGACUCCAAGGCUGUGGAGGUGGCUCCGCUGAGCCAUUGGCCAGACAUGAAGGCGUGCAUUCUGGUUGUGUCUGACGAUAAAAAAGACGUUCCAAGUACAAGCGGUAUGCAACUGACUGUCAAGACCUCGUCAUUGUUCCAACAUCGUGUUGAAAAGGUUGUUCCGCAAAGAUUCGAAGAAAUGAAAAAAUCCAUUAGGGAUAAGAACUUCCCAUUGUUUGCCGAGCUGACCAUGAAAGACUCCAAUUCGUUCCAUGCAACAUGUCUAGACUCUUAUCCUCCAAUAUUCUACUUGAACGACACGUCCAAAAGGAUCAUCAAGCUCAUCAAUCUGCUGAACGAAUCGGCCGGAGAAAUAAUUGCAGCUUACACGUACGACGCCGGCCCAAACGCCGUCAUCUACUACGAGCAGAAAAACGAGUCGAGAGUUCUUGGCCUGCUCCAUGCUGUCUUCAAUUCUGUUGAUGGAUGGCAAAAGAUAGACACCGAGCUUUUGACUCCUCCAUCCAUUGAGCUGGAUCCAACAUGGGGCACGGGCGUUUCUAGAGUAAUCUUGACUGAAGUUGGUGCAGGCCCACAGGAUUCAGACGAGGUGCUGGUCAACUUGGAAACAGGGUUACCCAAAUAA